AUGAAUCAGCCUCCCAAAAUAUCCUCCGGACUGGUGGUAUUUUCCCCUUGUGUGCGGGUUUGGUGGGGUUUGUGUCAUGCAGCGGCAGUAGCUCAGAACAGGGCCGUUAUUGAGGAGCUCAGCCAAAAGAACUCUUGUGAAGUGGCAGGGUGUGGUGCGCAAAACCCUCAACAAACCUCCCUAAGGAUUCUGGGUGAUUAUCUCUGCGUGUCAUCUGCGGCUGAUGUGUCUUCAUCACCUCACAGCUCUGUGAAGAGAAGAAACGGCGUGACUGAUGUCAACAUGACCUCGACCCCCGGCAGCGAUCAGACGCAGUCCUCCACUAACAUCACCAACAGCACUGAACCCACGCCGCACACAGACACAACUACAGUAAUGUUGGUGAACUCAUCUGCCCCGGCCGAGAACGUCAGUUUCUCUGGGAACGUCACAGACAGUCGAAACGUCUCUGAUGUGUCACCUGUGAAUAAUGAGACCGCAGUUACCACGGUAAAACCUACCACACUCCCACCAUCAACGACCCACGAGCCCACAAGCAGCAUCCACGUCAGCACGCUCCACCCGACAUCCACCGCCGCAGGAACCAGCGGAGCUCCAGAAUCAACGAGCGCUCGCAGCAGACGGAGACCCACCACGCAGAUGACCGCGAGCAGCAGUCCCGUCCAGGCCAAAGCCCACGCCGACACCCCCUCGGCUCUGAACGUCGGAGACCACGACAAUAGCAAAGCGUCCACUGACCCGCUGCUGGCUGGACUGGUGUCGGCGUUCGUCAUCGUCGCUGCCAUCGUGUCCGUCCUCAUAUUCCUCAAAUUCAGACACACAAAUGACGGCCCAGAGUUUCGCAGACUUCAGGAUCUCCCCAUGGAUGAUAUGCUGGAGGACGCGCCUCUUUCCAUGUACAGCUACUGAAAACCCAGAUGUUCCUCAGACAUCUUCAGAGUGCCCAACAUCCUCUGAUCAACACAACACAGGCACAAUUAAAUGAGCUUCAGAGGCACAAACACUCCUGUUGUUUCUGUUACAGGACUAAAUGUAGCGUCAUACUCCAUUUUAGUUGUUAAAUUCACCGUGGCCGUCAGUUUCUGUUCGUUGGGUUGUUUUCUUGCACUUUAUGUGGGGUUUGGGAAGGGUUGUGUGCUGCGGGGAUAUUUGGGAGCUGUUUUUGGCUGUAUGUGUUCAUUUGUUUCUCUGAUAGUCGUGUCGUCUCUGGAUCUGCUUCAGCUGUGUGUGUGUUUGUGUUACAUGGUCUAAUUCUAGAAUUAACCUGCUGCUUUGUUUUUUCUGAUCAGCUUCUUGUUAUUUGUUAAAAGAAUAAUUCACUCUAAAGAGAAAAUGUGCUGAAAAAUCUACUCACCC